AUGGCGACAAAGAACACAGACACGGAUAGUAGUGCGCUGUGUAAAAAGUGCAAAAAUAAAGUAGUGACUAGUGUAAAAUGCGUAAAGUGCCAGCAACCAUUUCAUCCUAGCUGUGCAAAGAACUCUGCCAAAUACUCGGACGAUGGAACAACUUUUACUUGUUGUGAAAACGAAGACACCAUUACAGAAAUGACAGACCCCGACUUCUGGGACGCAGUUAAUCGUCUCCAACAGCAGCCGAACACGGGUAUGGACCUCAGAAUCUUUACGUACAUAAUAAAACAAAAGGACAUUAUUAUUGAUGAACUAAGACAGCAAAUACAGCUACUAAAUAAUCAACUUUCCAUGGCAGCCUCUACAGGUACCACAAGCAAAAACAUCAUUAAAGGUAACGAGAAACCGAACAACGAAAAAAAAAGAGAAACAAACGCCAUUGCUCAGAAAAACACCAACGAUAAGGAACCACCUACCUUAAUAACAACAAACAUCAAUAACAAACCUAAGACAACUCCUUGGAAUAAAUCUAAGGUUAAGCAAGCCUCUGACGAAAAAAAGGAUCAGCCUAUUAUUGAUACCAAAAUCAAAAAACGACAACUCAAAUCAACAGUUAUUGGAUCUCUUCCUGGAACUACACGUCUGGAAGCUAUCUCAAAAAAAGCUUAUAUUCACGUAUACAGAUUAUCUCCUAAAACAACUAAAGAACAGAUGCAAGAACAUCUGAAAUCCUAUCUUAACGAAUUUGAUAUCGAAAAAUUGAAUUCAAAGUAUCCGGACCUCUAUUCCAGUUUCAAACUAACUUUGGACUUUGAUGAGUUGGAAACCGUUAUGAAAUCGGAAAUAUGGCCUAAGGGAACACGAAUUAACAGAUCAAAACUCCAAGAGUUUGAACUACUGUUACACCAGGGAAAUUUCUCGUUGGCGGCUAUCUGCGAACAUUGGCUAAACGACGCGGAAGUGGACAACCUUUCUAUCGAAAAUAUGCACGUAGCAUCCAGUUUUUGCCGUAAGUUGAGUAAUUAUGGAGGUUCCCUCUUAUUUGCAGCACAUAAUUUACAAUAUACUACUCUACAUAAUCUGGAAAAUAUGUCUAUUGAAAAUCAUUGUGAAAUCUCAGCAUCACUAGUCAACUCUUGCAAACUUAUUGUUAUAAAUAUAUACCGGCCGCCAUCUGGUGAUUUUAAUCUGUUUUGUGAAAUUAUUGUUGAUGUACUGGAUACAAUAGAUGUAGUCAAAAACAAUGUUAUCCUAAGUGGAGAUUUUAACAUACAUUUCAACACUAAUAGCAUGCUAGAACUAAAACUUUGUAACACCUUAACUGAAUUUGGCUUGUAUCCCAUCGUAAAAUUCGCGACCAGGGGCAAUAAUACUCUUGAUAACAUUUUUACCAACAUUCACACUCUAAGCUAUAGUGUAAAACCGUUCAAUAGCCUAAUGUCUGAUCAUUUAGGUAUAGACUUCAAAUUAACUGUAUCUGACGCUAAGAGCAAACAUGUUACUUAUAAGUGCCGCCCGAUUACUAAACUAGGCAAGUGUAAAUUAUACAAUAAUAUAAGUAAAGCUGACUGGUACUUUGUUGACGAUAAAACCCUUGAUAUCAAUACUAAGUUUACAUUGUUUAUAAAGGAAAUUAUCGACAACAUGAAUCUUGCCUUCCCAGAAAAAAUCCUGAAACAAACCAACCAUAGCAAAAUGGACAUUAAGUGGUUUGAUGACGAAUUGCGAAAAAUACGCGAAGAAUUAUCAUUUCUUGACGAGUUUCAUAAAAUUGUUCAAACGGACGUGACUAGAAAGGCUAGAAAUAAAUGUCGACACCUUUAUCAAGAAACAAUUAAAAUAAAAAAAGUAAACUACACCAAGAGUUUUAUAGAUAAAUCGAAUAAUAAAAGUAAAGCAAUUUGGCAAGUAAUAAAUAACAACCGAAAUAAAAAUUCAUUGAUAGGUAGUGAGGCAAACUGUGAAAUUUCAAAUGACGAUUUCAACAAGUUCUUUACUAAUAUCGGGCCAAAUUCAAUAAAAACACUUCCUAUAGCUACUCAAGAUCCCAUUGACUUAAUUAUUAAGAACUGCAACAUGCACUGUAAUAAUUCUAAAUAUUUUAAUUUCUCAGAAGUCUCCAGUGUAGCUGUUAGAGACACCAUUAGCAAACUAAAAAAUAGCAAUUCAAAAGAUUGUUAUAACAUAAGCGUCAAUAUUAUUAAAUCUAUGAAAGACACCAUCAUUUCACCAAUAACUAGAUUAAUAAAUGAAUGCAUAAGGACCACAACAUUCCCAGACUGUCUCAAAAUCGCUGCAGUGAUACCAGUCCAUAAAAAAGGUAAUAGAAACGACCCUACUAACUAUAGACCGAUCUCACUUCUACCAGUCUUCUCUAAGAUUCUAGAAAGGAUACUUUAUGACCAAUUGAGUAACUUCCUUGAAGAUGGUAAUGUUCUCUCCAAUAGUCAGUACGGCUUCCGAAAAGGUCGAGAUACAACCAAAGCCAUUCUUGAUCUCACAAGUUUUAUCGGAGAUUGCCUAGAGCGCGGCAGAUAUAGCAUCGGUUGCUUUUUAGACUUGUCAAAAGCCUUCGAUUGCGUCUCCCACUCAGAACUAAUAAGAAAGUUAUACUGCUACAAUUUACAUCCUCUCGCUUGCAGCAUGAUAACAUCCUACUUGGUAAAUAGGCUUCAGUCAGUAAGACAUAAUAACAGGGAAUCGGAAAAGCUACCAGUGGUACUAGGAGUGCCCCAAGGGUCAGUCCUGGGCCCAUUAUUAUUUCUCAUUUAUAUCAACGAUUUUCCCUUCUUUCUAAACACAAAAACUGUACUAUUUGCGGAUGACACGAACUUAUUAACUAAUGAAGCUACAUUCGCAGAGGCCCUAAAUCGCAAUGAGGAAAUAGAAUUGAAGGCAACUCAUUGGUUUACAACAAACAAACUAACCCUAAACAAAAAUAAAACGGUUAAAGUCGCAUUCACUCUAAAAAACACCGGCCCACUACCUACAGACAUAGUUAAAGAGACAAACUUUUUAGGGAUAACACUAGACGCAAAAAUGAGGUUUCAUACACACGGUGAGAACCUAGCUAAGAAAAUUUCUACAGGAAUAUUUGCGUUGAGAAAUCUAAGUAGAAAGCUUCCGAUAGAGACAUUAAAAGUAGCUUAUUUUGCAUUAUGCCAUAGUAAUAUAAGUUAUGGUAUCUUAGCAUGGGGUCACUCAAGCAUGAUGACGAACAUAUUUAGAUUACAGAGACGGGCAGUCCGAAUAGUGGGAAGUCUUGGCUACAGAGAUGAUU